AUGCAGCAAAAGGUUGCUAAAGAGCUCAAAAACGUGCUGAGGAACGCCGGUAUCAGUGGCGAUACCUCUCUACGUGACGUCGUCCUACCUCUUGCAAACAAUGAGUUCGGCUGUCCCGGCAAUGAACGCUCGGAAGCCCCGUUUAGUAUUUUGGCACCGGCUGGUGACAACAACGCUGGAGAAGCUCAAGAUGACACAGCCGCUCCACUCACUGGCGACUGGUCCUUGGACCAGUUUAACCCAGCCGCUCGCCCUCCCAAAAGCAGCUACGCGUGGUGCGCAAUCUGCGAGAGAUGGCAGUCAAAUUCUUCUCAGCAUAAGAGGCAGCAUGUCAACAGGGAGCCCGUUCUUUGCCCCGAGCCGCUUUUGGGCGGCGUACCAGGAAUGCUCUGCUUGGAGCAAUUUCAGGACCAGACUGCUCUCAGGUGCCAUAUCCUGCGUGAUCAUGGUCGCCAUACUUCAAACGCUUACAAAGGGGGGAUUCGAGUGGAUUCUAGCGCGGGAAAUGUUCUGGUUAGGAACGCUAACGGAAAGUCUGAGGACUGA